GAAGAAUCGAAACCCGGAAGUGAUUUUCUUUAGCAAUAUUGUGUCUAGGUAGUGUUGCGUGUUAGCAGAGUCCUGCUCUAUUUCUUCUUCAGAAAGUGUCUGAAUGAACCAUCAUGUCUGGAUAAACCUGUCUGUGCUGCUCACGAUAUUUCACCUCUGAUUUAUCUCCCGGUAGCCCACAAGGACAUUGAAGUUAGCUUAGCAUGUUAGCUGUAAAUAAACUGAUGGAGCUCAGCAGCAGACUGACAGUCUGACGGAGACCAAACUGAGUUUCUGACGGAGAAAAAGUUUCUGUCAUUGUGUUAAAAUGUCUAAAGUCCAAAUGCUGAGAGCGUCGGUGACGCAGCGACUAACUGCGGCUGCUGAAGAGAUAUUUGUGCUGUUUGAAAGAUCGAUAGCAGAGUACGAGGAGGAACUUUCUCGAUCCAAAGAGGAGAACGAGCGACAACGCAAACUACUGGACGCUGCUUUCAACCCUCAACUUCAGCUACACAGAGCAGAGUGUCCUGCAGACGUCCAGCAGCUGUUGGAGAGUAUAGAAGAGGUCCCACCUGAGCAGCAGGAGUGGAGCUCCAGUCUGGACCAGAAGGACCCAGAGCCCCCACACAUUAAAGAGGAACAGGAGGAAUUCUGGACCAAUCAGGACGGAGAGCAGCUUCAAGGGCUGGAGGAGGCUGAUAUCACUACGUUUACACUCACUCUUGUUCCUGUGAUGAGUAAAGAUGGUGAAGAGAAACCUCAGUCCUCACAGCUUCAUCAAAGACAAACUGAACAGAUGAAAACAGAAGCUGAUGGAGAGGACUGUGGAGGAUCAGAACCAGCCAGGAACUCACAUCCAGAUAGACAUUUACAACCUGACACUGAUGACAAGACUUCAGACUCUUCUGAGACUGACGUCAGCGAUGAUGAUUGGGCAGAGAGCAGGAAACCUCGAUCACGAUUAAACUCUGAAUGUGGUCAAAGACGUGUCCGCAAGCCACACCUGAACGCACAAAUGAGAAUGCACAUGGGAGAGAAACCAUUUGGCUGCUCCUUUUGUGGCAAAAGAUUUUCUGAAAAGGGAAACUUAAUUAGUCACACGAGACUUCACACGGGAGAAAAACCGUUCAGUUGCACAGUUUGUAAAAAAACGUUCAGAUAUAGCAGAGAUGUUAGCAGACACAUGAGAAUCCACACAGGAAAGAAAACAACCAGCAGUAACGUCAGAGACAUGACUGACAACAACGUUCAUACAGGAUCAGAACCAGCCAGCAACAUGGAUCCAGAUAGUCAUUUAAAACCAGUUACUUAUGAUAAAGCUUUAGAAGCUGAGGCUGAUAACAGUGAUGACUGGAAGGAGAUCAGUGAACCUCAGGCAGGUGUAAACUCUCUGGAAAAUGACGAUGAAAGUGAUGUGCAAUGUAAUACUGACAAGGAGUCAUUUAGCUGCUCUGAAUGUGGGAGAACAUUUUGCCGCAGGGACCAUCUGACGAGCCACAUGAGAACGCACACGGGGGAGAAACCGUUUAGUUGCAGCAUGGCGCUCAGACGGAAAUUUGAUGUCAAAUUCAAAGAGAGAGUUUUGCAGUAUGCGGAGGAACAUUCAGGAGAGAAAGCUGCAAAGCACUUUGACAUCGAUUCGAAAAGAAUCAGGUACUGGAAAAAGCAGAAGAAUGAGCUGCUGUUAGCCGACAAGAGGAGAGCACGGCUAGCUGGAGGCGGGAGGAAGAAAGUUAGCUUGGAGCUAGAGAGAAGGCUUUCAGAAUGGAUUUACACAAUGCAGGCCAAACAUAACCGAGUAUCAAGAAAAAUGAUCAAAAAUAAAGCGUUGGAGAUCUACCCUUCAGUGAGUGAUGGAGGCAAGAUGUUUGUGGCUAGUAGGGGUUGGCUACAAAGGUUUCUACAGCGACACAACCUCUCACUUCAAAGUUGCACCACCUCACUGCCAAGGACACCAAACUCAAGCCUUAUAUCGUCUUCAAAGGAGAUGUUCAUGAAGUGAAGGCAAUGCAGCAGCAGAUCUGCAGCUCAGUGAUCACCACUUCUGUGAACGGCUGGAUGAAUGUUACUCUCACUGCAGAUUGGCUACAGUCCUUCACCCUGCAGCUCUUGGUGUGGGACUCCGCAGGAUACCGCUGCCGCAUCAGUGCCGCCACCAAAGUUGAACUGAAAUACAGCUACAAUAUCACAACAGCCGUGAUCCCAGGAGGCUGAACUAAAUAUAUCCAAGCCCCCGGAUACGACUGUCUGUUUUGUCUUUUUGAGCUCCUCGUCAUCUGUGACAGUGGUGUUUGGCAGCUUGACAUAUUCUGUUUCUGCAGCAGAGACAUCAGAAGACGCUUUUUUUCAAUCGUCAUGAAUUUAUUGCCUCAGUGGCAGAAAAACACAUGUUACACAAGCCUUCAGAAACUCCUGCAGGUUAAACUGGACUAAUGACACACUUUUAGGGCUAACUGACUCUAACACACUCACUAUAAACAGACUCACUAGCCUAGCAACAGCCUUUACAGCUGUAAACAACCUAUAAUGCAACAUUCCAUGUAGGAGUCAGUUUUACACCAGUACUUAUCCAUUCAAAAAGAUUGAUCUGAUGUUGUGAACCUAUAAUUGUCUAGACCCUAAAUAUAAAAUGAUCCCACUUUUUCAGAUGUAUUUUCAAGAAAAAAAACUUUUAUAUUUGGACCAAUACGCUCUAUAGCCUCUAUCUUUAUGUCUUAUUUCUCUUAUUGUCUUAGCACGGCAAUCGGCACAUCUUUCUUUAUGUCAAGCCUGAGUGUGAAGUGAUUGGGUUACCGUGGUAACAGCAGCAGCUCUAACUGGGUGGUCGUCACUCGGGACAGACUGGACAAGGAUAUGAUCAGAAAGUCUUUCAGACUUUGUGGGGCUGUCUGUGAAAAUGAACAGGAGCAACGAUGAAAAGGAGCUGAUUAAUAAUGAGCUUGUUCUCGAUGGUGAUCAGGAGAACAACGAUAAUGGUGAGGAUGGUGAUUUUAAGGAGAAAGGUAUUUACCACCUGUAAUUGCACCACCUGUUAUAUUUAUCAAAGUUGGCUGCGAUGAUGUUAAUAUUUAGGCAGUGUCUUACUUUUUGAGUUUGGGUUUUGCUUGCAGUUGAAUCUGAUCAUUAUUAGAGAUUUGACUGCUGUAAAUAGGACUGACUAUUGAUGUUUAUAUCCGGAGUAUCUCAGAUUUGUUUUGAUUUUAUGUUGUAGCGUAUUUCUCCGAUAUGUGAUUGGUGAUACUUCACAUAAGUUAAAUUGAUCGCAUGUGUAGAUUUACAUGGUAUUGAUGAUACGUUUUUAAGAAUACACUAUCAGAAGGCGAUUACUGGUACUGUUAGCCAGCUCUUCAAAAUGUUGACAGCCUGUAAUCUACUGUUAUACACUUUGUCUGAAGAGAAUAUUUUCAAUAAAUGUACCCGGUAUGUUUUACAGGGUUCAAACUGA